CACUCUUUCUUCGUCUUCCUUGACCCACUGAGACCAUAUCCUACCCUGCCUUCUUCUUCUUCUUCUUCUUCUUCUUCUAACAGAGUCACUCGCUACUUAAAGCUUUUCACCCAGAAUAGCACAAGUCUUCGUCUUUUCAUGGCGACCCAUCUCUCUCCUGCAAAUCCUGUACGCUCUAUCCUCCAACCCAAGCAAAACCCUCCCAAAGCCCUGCUCUCCAUUCGAGAUUCUUAUGGGGCUGGACUGGUAUGGAAGAAAUGCCAGCCUAGCACGGUUAAUGUGUGCUCAUGGAGCUCAGCUGCUAGUUAUGUGACACCUCCUGGUGGCGCUGCCAAGUUUUCUGGCAAUCCCAUUGUUGUGAAGAAGCAAUUGUUGCAAAAGAGAGCUGGAACUGUAAGGGCUGCUACUAUCGAAGAAAUAGAAGCGGAGAAGUCUGUGAUUGAAAAAGAUGCUAAAGGCAGGAUGGAAAAGACUAUUGAAACAGUACGAUCUAAUUUCAAUUCUAUUAGGACAGGGAGGGCUAGCCCAGCCAUGCUGGACAAGAUUGAGGUUGACUAUUAUGGAAGCCCAGUCGGCUUGAAGAGCCUUGCUCAAAUCAGUUCUCCAGAUGGAACUUCGCUAUUGAUUUCACCAUAUGACAAAUCCAGUUUAAAGUCUAUUGAGAAGGCCAUAGUUGCCUCUGAUCUUGGUAUGACUCCAAAUAAUGAUGGAGAAGUGAUACGGUUGACCCUGCCUCAACUUACAUCAGAUAGGCGGAAGGAAUUGACAAAAGUUGUGUCAAAACAAGCAGAAGAAGGGAAGGUAGCAUUGAGGAACAUAAGAAGGGAUGCUUUAAAAGCUUAUGAAAAACUUCAGAAGGAAAAAAAGCUCUCUGAGGAUACUCUCAAGGACUUUUCAAGUGAUUUGCAGAAAUGGACAGAUGAGUAUGUGAAGAAGCUUGAUACCAUAUCCAAACAGAAGGAGAAGGAAUUGCUGAAGGUUUAAGGGUUGUUUAUGUUCGAGCACCAAUGUAAAUGUUGAGCUUCAGUUUUGGAACUUUUUUAGUUCCCCACUUUUGUGUUGAUAGUUGAUACCCACUUCAUGACAAGACAUUUUAAAUGAAUCACACAAUUUGUUUUCAAGGUGAAAAAAUGCAAAUGAGCCAUGUUCAUUUUUAAGGCUUUGAAUUGGAAGUGUGCACCGGGUCAUUUGAUCUCUGUUGUAUGUGUGAGUAUUAGACUAAUGGAGUCCAUUUCCUUUUCUUCUUUUC